UGUAAUCUCGAUGUCACUUAAUUGUAUGUAUUGUUGUUUUUUUUUAAUUUCUAGUAUCUGUUAUGAUUAAAACUACUUUUAAUAAAGUUACACUAAAUAGUGAUAGAACUAUUUAAAAUUAAUGGGUUUUUUUACGUUUGAGAUUGUUAUAACUAAACGUAUGCAUAGGCUACAUGUUUAAUAUGACAUUUUACUUAGUGAGAUAGGAUGUCCUUCCUAUAUUAUGUGAUAGACUAUGAUUCCCAUACGUAAAUCAUUGUGAUUUUUUUUCAUUUCACCAAUUGUUGGAGUUCCAUUUUUACUACAUCAAUUUCUUAAUAAUAAUGUAAUCUAGCGCUUAACAUUUUUUACUCGUAUACAUUUAUUAUAUAUCCUUUUAAAAUGUUUUACCUAGAAUAAAAGAAGUGCUGGCUCGAGACCAUAAUGUCCACAUAGUGAUCUCCCACAAACCAAAGCAAAAGUCUGACUAAAACUGCGAGAGUAGUGACUGCUAAGAUGCACUAAAAAUGCUCGAUUCUUAAUUAUCCAUGUAUUAAUCUGCCUCACUUCACUUAAGGGCUAAAGCUUGAGCAUGGAAUCACAGUAUGAGAUAGAGUGAGAGAGAGAGAGAGAGAGAGAGAGAGAGAGAGAGAGAGAGAAACAGAGAGUACCAUCUGCGACAACGGCUGCAUUUUAAUUUAAAAAAAACAAAAUAAAUGAUUCCGAACAACGGCAAGCAAAGAUGAUCAGUUUGCAGUUUGUGCUCUCUUAUUUGGACUAGCUUCUUCGUGCAGUUAUACUCUACGUAAUAAACAACAUUGCUCUUCUAAAAGAUGUUGAAGCUAAUGUAUCAGAAUUAAUAAUUGCCCUUUAGAAUGGAAUAUAGUAAAGCAAUAGAAAUGUUAACUGAAAGCGGAUGUGAUGUUAGUAUUAUUGGAAAAGCUGGAUGGACGGCAUUAAUGCUUGCCGCUAAAACGGGACAUGUCAAUGCACUAGAACUGUUAAUUCAGAGUGGUUGUGAUCUUAAUGCUGUUAACAUGAAUACAUUGACGGCAUUAAUGCUUGCUGCGAGUAAUGGACAUGAUGCAGCUGUACAAAUGUUAGUUCAAAGCGGCUGUAAGGUUAAUAGUGUUCAUAAAGACGGGUGGACUGCAUUAAUGCUUGCCGCUAGCAAUGGACAUGAUCAAAUUAUAAAACUGCUAAUUCAAGGCGGGUGUGAUGCAAAUAAGGUAAAAGCAGAUGGAUCUACUGCAUUGAUGCUAGCCUCAGAGAAUGGUCACGAAAAAGCGACGGAAACGUUAAUUCGAAGCGGCUGUGAUGUGAAUAUUGUUGACAAAGACGGAUGGUCGACACUAUUGUAUGCCUCUAGACAUGGAGAUGAAAUAGCAAUUAAGCUGUUAAUUGAAAGAGGAUGUAAUCUAAAUGCUUGUGACAACACAGGAUAUACUGCAUUGAUGCUAGCCUCAGAGAAGGGGCAUGAAAAGGUGAUUGAGAUGUUAAUUAGAAGCGGAUGUGUUGUUAAUAAGGUUACAGCACUUGGAUCUACUGCAUUGAUGAUAGCCUCUAGGCAUGGUCAUGAAAAAGUGAUGGAGACGUUAAUUCAAAGCGGAAGUGAUGUGAAUGUUGUUGACAAAGACGGACGGACUCCACUAAUGUAUGCCUCUUCGUAUGAAUUUGAAUUAGCAAUUAAGCUGUUAAUUGAAAGAGGAUGUAAUCUAAAUGCUUGUGACAACACAGGUUAUACUGCAUUGAUGCUAGCCACAAAAGAGAAGCAUGAUAAGGUGAUUGAGGUGUUAAUUAGAAGCGGAUGUGAUGUUAAUAAGGUUGCAAAAAAUAGAUAUACUGCAUUCUCGAUAGCCUUAGAGUAUAAGCAAGAAAAAGCGAUGGAGAUGUUAAUUAAAAGUGGAUGUGAUGUGGAUAUUUUUGACACAUUCUUAUCGAAUUCACUAAUAUCUGCCUCUCUGCAUGGAUAUGAAAGAGCAAUUGAGCUGUUAAUUGAAAGGGGGCGUAAUCUAAAUGCUAGGGACUAUUGUGGAAAUACUGCAUUGAUGCUAGCAUCAGAGUAUGGACAUGAAAAGGUGAUUGAGAUGUUAAUUAGAAGCGGAUGUGAUGUUAAUAAGGUUGCAGCAGAUGGAUACUCUGCAUUGAUGCUAGCCUCAAAGAAAGGUCAUGAUAAGGUGAUUGAGGUGUUAAUUAGAAGCGGAUGUGAUGUUAAUAAGGUUGCAGCAGAUGGAUAUACUGCAUUGAUGCUAGCCUCAAAGAAAGGUCAUGAUAAGGUGAUUGAGGUGUUAAUUAGAAGCGGAUGUGAUGUUAAUAAGAUUACAUCAUAUGGAUAUACUGCAUUGAUGCUAGCCUCAAAGAAUUGUCACGAAAAAGCGAUAGAGACGUUAAUUCGAAGCGGAUGUAAUGUGAAUAUUGUUAGCGAAGACGGAUGCAAUCCACUAUUGUUUGCCUCUAGACAUGGAUAUGAAAUAACAAUUAAGCUGUUAAUUGAAAGAGGAUGUAAUCUUAAUGCUGGUGACAACAAAGGAUAUACUGCAUUGAUGCUAGCCUCAAAAAAAGGGCAUGAAAAGGUGAUUGAGAUGUUAAUUCGAAGCGGAUGUGAUGUGAAUAUGGUUAACAGAAAAGGUCAUAAUGCAUUGAUGCUAGCCUCAAACAAAGGGCAUGGAAAGGUGAUUGAGAUGUUAAUUAGGAGUGGAAGUGAUGUUAAUAAGGUUGCAGCAGAUGGAUCUACUGCAUUAACGCUAGCCUCGCAGAAUAAUCCAGAAGCGAUGGAAAAGUUAAUUCGAAGCGGAUGUGAUGUGAACAUCGUUGCCAAAAACAGUGGUACUCCACUAAUGGUAGCCAUUAUGUGUAACUAUGAAAUAGCAUUUGAGCUCUUGAUUCAAAGAGGGUGUAAUCUAGAUGCUGGUGACUACACAGGACAUACUGCAUUGAUGCUAGCCUCAGAGAAUGGAUAUGAAAAGGUGAUUGAGAGGUUAAUUAGAAGCGGAUGUGAUGUUAAUAAAGUAAAAGCAGAUGGAUCUACUGCAUUGAUGCUAGCCUCAGAGAAGGGGCAUACAAAAGUGAUUGAGAUGUUAAUUAGAAGUGGAUGUGAUGUUAAUAAGGUUACAUCAAAUGGAUAUACUGCAUUGAUGCUAGCCUCAGAGAAUGGGCAUGAGAAGGCAAUAGAGAUGUUAGUUAGAAGCGGAAGUGAUGUUAAUCAGGUUGCAGCACAUGGAUCUACUGCAUUGAUGCUAGCCUUAGAGAAUCGUCACGAAAAAGCGACGGAAACGUUAAUUCGAAGCGGAUGUGAUGUGAAUAUUGUUGACAAAAACGGAUGGUCUCCACUAAUGUAUGCCUCUUGGCGUGGAUAUGAAAUAGCAAUUGGGCUGUUAAUUGAUAGAGGGUGUAAUCUAGAUGUUGGUGGCAACAUAGGAUAUACUGCAUUGAUGCUAGCAAUUGAAAGUGGUGAUGAAAAAACAAUUGAGAAGUUAAUUCGAAGCGGAUGUGAUGUGAAUAUUGUUAACAGAGAAGGACAUAAUGCACUGAUGCGAGCCUCAAAGGAAGGGCAUGCAAAGGUGAUUGAGAUGUUAAUUAGAAGUGGAUGUGAUGUUAAUAAGGUUACAGCAGAUGGAUCUACGGCAUUGAUGCAAGCCUCAGAAAAUAAGCAUGAAAAAGCGAUGGAGACGUUAAUUCGAAAUGGAUGUGAUGUGAAUAUUGUUGGCAAAGACGGACGGACUACACUAAUGGUAGCCAUUGAGCUUGGAUAUGAAAAAACAAUUGAGCUGUUAAUUGAAAGGAAAUGUAAUCUAAAUGCUGCUGACAACACAGGAUUUACUGCAUUGAUGCUAGCCACUGUGAGAGGUGAUAAAAAAUCAAUUUCGACGUUAAUUCGAAGCGGAUGUGCUGUUAACAAUGUUAACGAAAACGGAUAUACUGCAUUAAUGCUAGCCUCACAGCAUGGUUUUAAAGAGGCAAUAGAGACGUUGAUUCGAAGCGGAUGUGAUGUAAAUAUUGUUACAAGAAAAGGACAUAAUGCAUUGAUGCUAGCCUCCAAAAAUGAAAAUGUAAAAACUGUGCAACUGUUAAUUGAAAGAGGGUGUAAUCUGAAUUCUAUUACAGAAACAGGAUGUACUGCAUUGAUGCUUGCCUGUAUCAAAAUUAUUAACAAUAACAAUCAUAUAUAUGUAGAAAACGCUCUUCGUCUUCUACAAAAAAUAGCGGAUGACGAUCCACUUAUAUUAAAAAGAAAUGUAUCACUAAUUGAAAUACUUGAAACACGAAAAUCACAAUAUGCUUUUAAAUCUCAAACUAUUAUUUCUUGUAUAUUAUGGCACGUAAAUAAGUCUUCUCUGUGUUUGACUUCAAGUUUAGAUAAAUAUCUAUCACCGUAUGUGCCAAAAAACUGGAAGAAAAGUCACACGUGUAUUGGACAAGGCGCGUUUGGAAUGGUCCAUAUGGUGGACAGUGAAGAUCUCGUAUCUGAUACAAAGCUUGUAGUCAAAGAAGUUUUUCUCACUGACAAAAAUAUAUCAAAAGAUUUUACAGAGGUCAUUGUAACACUCAAGUUGCAGCACAAAAGCAUUAUACAGUUUUUUGGAUAUGAAAUAAAAGACAGUAAACUGAAUUUAUUUUUCGAAUAUAUGCCGCUAGGCUCUUUGUCGGGGUAUGUAAAGGAAAAAGGCAAACUUAAUGAAACCCAAAUUUUUCCAUAUACCAAGCAAAUACUUGAAGCAGUUUCAUAUCUUCAUAAUUUUGAUCCCCAGAUUAUCCAUAGAGAUAUUAAAGGACAGAACAUACUACUUAAAGAUGAAAACACAGUGAAGCUGGCGGAUUUUGGGAUUUCAAAAAUACUAAAUUCAACUGCCCCACGAACACAAUUAGGCACACAUAACUUCAUGGCGCCUGAGGUUAUUUUAAUUGAUGAAAACAAUGCAACUUACACUAUAAAAGCUGACAUUUGGAGUGUUGGCUGUACAGUUGUUGAAAUGGCUACAGGAAGACCACCAUUUCCCGGAUUUUCAGAGGCACGUGUUGUUUUUUGGUAUGCAGAAAAGAAAGGACCAGUGUAUGAUCUGCCCAAUAAUACGUCAAAAGCAUUAAGAGAAAUACUUGGACAAACAUUUCUUUUAGAUCCCUCAGAAAGACCAACAUCAGAUGUGCUGCUUCGAAGAUUUUUUUAAACAGAAGUUAUUUUUUUUAAUUUCUUGUUUGUUUACCUAUUAUUUUCAGCAACUUUAAAUAAAGUAAAGUAAAAACAUGAAGAUGUGCAAAGAACAUUGCGUUCAUGCAGUAAUCAGAAUAAAUUUGCGUUUUUUUAUUUAACAAUAUAUUUUUAAUUGUUUUAAUUUACUUUAAAAUAAUCAAGAUAGUGAUUGUAAACAAAUGAGAUUACACAAUUACUUUUUAUGUUAUUGUUUUAUGAACAGUUAUAUAAAAAAUAUAAGCUAUAUAAAGCUAUCUUAAAUAUCAAUUUUAUAUUGCAGAGAGUAGUUUACAUAUUUUUGUAUAAAUUAAUAUUAUAUAAUUAAUUUAGUAAUCAAAUUUGCAUCAUACUACCUUAGAAUAAAAGAAAAUCAAUACAGUGAUUAGUACAUAAUAUAUAUUAAUUUCUUAUUUAUCAGGUUGAUAAAUAACCUUAAUUGUAAUAUGUUUUAUAAAGAAGGAAUUACAAUUUUUGAUCAAUAUAACCUACCUUGUGCAUACAUAAAUAAUACCAAAUUUUACGAACAAAUAUUAAAUUGUAAUUAAAUCAUUAAGUUAUUAUUAAGUCUUUUCACCAGUCUUUUUAAGUUAAUGGAAUCUACUUCCAUUCAGAUUAUACUACCAUACAUCAAGAUUGUUUCAUAUAUUGCAUUCUAAAAUAAUUUAGCUGUGAAAAACUCUAUUUAUGAUGCCAAAUUCUAAGCAAUGAAACCAUAAAUCACAUCUCCCUUUAUACAGAGAUCACAAUACUGACAGGUUCUUUGAUGAAAUGUUAAACACCUCCGCCAUCGUCCUUACUUCCAUCGGUGUACCUGGCAACAUUUUGAUCAUCGUCACUUUAUGGACUCUAAGAGCCAAAAACCCAGGGACCUUGUUUGUGUUGGCUCUUGCUGGCUCUGACGGGAUGGCCCUGAUCUUUAAACUUCUAC